UGUAUGUGCGAGUGCGAGGGAGGUUAAGCCUGGUACCACACGUGCCAAGGAAGGGAUUUGGAUAAGGCUCUCAUCUCUAUCCUCCCCUGCGUCUUGCUCCGCGGCGAUGGUACCGAAUAAAACCGUCUCCUUCGGAAAUUUCACUGCUAUGUGGAAGCCAAUCUCCGCCGCCGGACACUGAUUGUUUAUGGCUGAGAUCCCCUUUGCUGGACUUAUUGAUCUCCGCCUCUCUCCUGCGUAUUUCAAGCUCUCGCCGCCCGCUCCGCUGCCCGCGCCGCCGCCACCGCUCCCACUGCGCCACUCGCUCUCCGGCCCGCCUAUCCAUCUGCCGACUCAAAGGUCGAGGAUCGCCCCUCAUUCACUGUCGAGGCCUUCGCUGGAGCUGUUGUCUACUUCUGAGUGUUCGGACGGCAGCGUCGUUUUCAAGUUCGGUGAUGCUAGCGAGGUGAAGUUGGAGGAGGUCGCUGUUUCUGAGAGCUCUGUGCUCGGGAGGGAUCAGGAAAUUUUAGAGAAAACGGAAGCAAAAGAUUCCAAGCAGAAUGAUUUCCGUCAGAUGAAGCAGGAAACAACAAAAAGGCCUGGUUUCGAGGCGCAGGAAUCGGAUUCGGUGGGUGAAGUAAGAGACGAAGGGUUGGAGUUGCUUGAGUCGAUCGCUAAAACCGAAGUCGGGAUCUGUCUGGAGGAGAAAAGAGUGGUCGGAGAAGGAACGGUUUCUGUUUUGGAGAUUGAUAUGCAAAAAAUGGACGAAGACAGUGAAGCAUCUAGGACAGCUUCAGAAAGUUUUGUCUCCUCAGGAGAAGAUGUUGCAUCUUUGAUCAAAGGUCAGGAAGAAAAUGUUGGUAGAACUACCGAGGAGGAGUUGAUCCAUGACUUUGGAAAAGACGAUUCUUCCAUGAAAGUAGAGGUACUAGAAGCUAUUGACUUGAAAAUUCUUGCUCAGCAAGAAAACCGACAGGUUGAGUUGGCAGAUAGCAAUUCUGAUUUGUCUGUUCUGUCAUCGGAAGAUCCCAUCUCUCUAGUUGAUGGCAACAAAAUAGAGCUGAACUUUGUUGGUGAAAAUUCACAGUUAUUCUGUUCUGUUCCGGAUGAAUUGGAGGAAGACCCUAUAGUUGUAAUUGCUCCAGAAGAACAGUUGGAACAAAGUGAAGAGAGAAUUUCUGACAAGGAUAUCAAAUUUGGAGGAGGCCACCCUAGUAGAAUAAACUCUGAAUCAAUUCAAGAUUUUAGCCAAUUGAGUAGCACAGAUGUGGAUCCUGAAACAAAAGAGGAAUCUAAUGGUGGAAUGCUUCAACAUACUAGUGGCACAGAGGUUCUAGAAAAACCAGACCAUGAGAAACUUCAACCUUUGGAAGAUCAAAUUGAACAUGCUGAUUAUUCACAAGUUUCUAGUGACUCUGAGGACAUCAAAUAUGUGGCAUUGGAAGAAAUUCCUUCCUGGGAAGAUAAUUCUGAUAACAGUGAUAGCAGCGGAAGUGUAAUUGAAGCUGAAACUGCUGUAGAGGGAAACCAUCAGGAGAGUGGCGCGGAUGAAAGUCCAGAUAGGGUGGACCAGGCACCUGCAGAUUUACUUUUCUUGUCUUCAGGAGCUUCAAUCUUACCCCAUCCUUCAAAGGCGUUGACAGGUGGUGAAGAUGCUUACUUUGUGUCAUCAAAUAGUUGGUUUGGUGUAGCCGAUGGAGUAGGCCAAUGGUCUCUAGAAGGAAUCAAUGCGGGGCUAUAUGCCAGAGAACUGAUGGAGAGUUGUCAGAGAUUUGUCUCAAAAUAUGAAGGAUGCAAUCCAAAUGAAAUUCUAGUCAAAAGUGCCGCUGAAGCAAGUUCUCCCGGUUCCUCAACAGUUUUGGUUGGUUAUUUUGAUGGACAGGAUCUUCACGUUGCCAACAUUGGAGAUUCUGGGUUCAUUGUGAUAAGAAAUGAUACUGUUUUCAGAAAAUCCACUCCGAUGGUUUACGGUUUCAACUUCCCUCUGCAGAUAGAAAGGGGAGAGGAUCCUACAAGGUACAUCGAGACCUACAAAAUUGGCCUGGACGAAGGCGAUGUGAUUGUGACCGCAACAGAUGGCCUAUUUGACAAUCUUUAUGAACAAGAAAUAGCAGCCAUUGUGUUCAAGUCACUGCAAGCAAGUCUAAAGCCAAAGGAGGUUGCAGAAUACCUGGCGAAGAGGGCGCAGGAAGUAGGGCGAUCCGCAACAGCCAGGAGUCCAUUUGCAGAUGCAGCCCUUGCAUCUGGAUAUCCUAUGUUCACGGGAGGUAAACUUGAUGAUGUAACUGUCAUAGUGUCCAUUGUACAGAGAACCAACUGAUUCUCAAAGAACCCUCAAUCCUGUAAUUUCCAGAUUUUAAUUCUGGAAUUUUAUUUCCGGAAUCCAAUUCUCUCUGCAUUUCCGGAGUCAA